AUGUCGAUUGGUUUCAUGCUGCGUAAUCCAGAUGAUGCUGUCAUAUGGAGGGGUCCUCGCAAGAAUGGACUGAUCAAGCAGUUAUUAAAGGAUGUCGAUUGGGGGGAGAUUGACUAUCUUGUAGUGGAUGCUCCUCCAGGAACAUCUGAUGAGCACAUCUCGAUCGUGCAAUACCUGCAAGCCACAGGAAUUGAUGGUGCGAUAAUUGUCACGACUCCGCAACAGAUCUCUCUGAUUGGCGUGAGGAAGGAGAUAAACUUCUGCAAGAAGGUCGGUGUCCCUGUCCUAGGUGUUCUGGAGAACAUCAGUGGCCUGAGGCAGCCGCUUUCAGAUCUCAAAUUCGUCAAGCCAGGUGAGGCAGGCGAGACAGAUGCCACAGAGUGGGCCCUGAACUAUAUCAAGGAGAAAGCCCCUGAGCUUCUGUCAGUCAUGGCCUGCAGUGAGGUGUUUGAUAGCAGCAAGGGAGGCGCCGAGAAGAUGUGCCGUGAAAUGGGGGUUCCUUUCCUUGGUAAGGUGCCCAUGGAUCUGCAGCUGUGCAAGGCGGCCGAGGAAGGGAGGUCAUGCUUUGCUGAUCAGAAAUGUAGUGCCAGUGCGCCAGCUCUUCAGAGCAUUGUGAAGAAGCUGAUCAAGACCGAGUGA